AACUGUAUUUGGAAGAGAUUAGUGACCUGGUAGUAGAGAUUGAUACAGAGUGUCAACCAGAUGCAUUUUUGGACAGACCACCCAUUCCACUUUUCAUACCAGCCAAAACGGGAAAGGAUGUGGCUACGCAAAUAGAAGAAGGAGAGUUGUUUGACUUUGAUGUUGAAGUCAAGCCCAUUGUGGAAGUGUUGAUUGGGAGAAUGAUUGAGCAAUCUUUGCUGGAAGUCAUGAAGGAAGAAGAGCUGGCACGGCUGUGGGCACAUCAGCGUGCCUAUGCAGAGCUGCGUAAUGCAGGGCUUGCUGUAGUACAGCUCCUGGAAGAGUAGGACAGGCGAUACAGAGAGGAGAAGGAAUAUCGCAAACUCCAGCACAAGCAAUUGCUGCAGAAACAGAAAGAGACCACAGAGAAAAUUGCAGCUCGGGCAUUCACUCAUUGUUACUUGGCUGAUCUCAUUCCCUUGGUCUUCAGCAGUCUUCAUGAGAGUGGAUUUUUUAAAGACCCUAUAGAAAGAAAUAUUGAGACAGAAUUCCUUCCGUGGCUGAUGACAGAAGUGGAAGAAACACUAGAGGUGAAGGUUCUGGGAAGGACAAUGCUUGACUCCUUGAUCUGUAUAGUGGUUGAAAGAUGCUUAGAUGCAUUUAGCAAUAUAUCUCUGUCUGAUCAGACAGAGGCACCUCCUGAAGAGGCGGGCCAACAGCUGCAGAAGCCCAG